CGCGAGAGGCUACCGGACACUGGCCGGUUACCGUCAGCAGCGCGUGACCGGUGACAGCAACAGCGAGACGCGCGUGCGCGUGCAGGAAUAAUCGGUUCCGUUAUUUCCCCAUCAUACCCUCAGUGAACCGAACACACGACCUCCCGAACACACCCGGUAGGAGCGGCGGGUCCGGAUCAAUCCUCACGCGAUGAGCGGCGGCGUGUACGGCGGAGAUGAAGUGGGCGCGCUGGUGUUUGACAUCGGCUCUUUCUCCACCAGAGCAGGAUACGCUGGAGAGGACUGUCCCAAGGCGGAUUUUCCCACCACUAUAGGAGUGAACGCCGAGGAGGAGGGGCCAGCGGACAUGGGGGUGGAGCAAGAGAGCAACAGUGGGCGGAGCUACUACAUUGACACCACAGCUCUGCAUGUGCCUCGGGCAGGAGUAGAGCUGAUCUCUCCACUGAAGAACGGCAUGAUUGAGGACUGGGAUGCUUUCCAAGCCAUAAUCGACCACAUCUACAGCAAACACAUCAAAUCAGAGCCCGGUUUACACCCCGUCCUGAUGUCUGAAGCUCCUUGGAACUCGCGAGCCAAGAGGGAAAAACUCACAGAGCUCAUAUUUGAGCAUUACAACAUCCCCGCUUUCUUCCUGUGCAAAACAGCCGUGCUCACCGCCUUCGCCAACGGUCGAGCCACGGGCCUGGUGCUGGACAGCGGAGCCACGCACACCACCGCCAUCCCUGUGCAUGAUGGGUACGUCCUGCAGCAAGGGAUCGUGAAGUCUCCUCUGGCCGGGGACUUCAUCAGCAUGCAGUGUCGAGAGUUGUUUCAGGAGAUGAACAUCGACACCGUUCCUUCAUACAUGAUCGCGUCAAAGGAGCCCGUGAGGGAAGGAGCUCCGGCGAUGUGGACAAAGAAAGACAAACUGCCUCCAGUCAGCAAGUCGUGGCACACGUUUAUGUGUAAUGAGGUGAUCCAGGACUUCCAGGCGUCUGUGCUGCAGGUGUCUGACUCUCCGUACGAUGAACAGGUGGCUGCUCAGAUGCCAACAGUGCAUUACGAGAUGCCGAGCGGAUACAGCACAGAUUUUGGAGCGGAGCGUUUGCGGAUACCGGAGGGUUUGUUUGAUCCAUCUAAUGUGAAGGGAUUGUCCGGUAACACCAUGCUGGGUGUCGGACACGUGGUCACCACCAGCAUCGGCAUGUGUGACAUCGAUAUCAGACCGGGUCUGUACGGAAGUGUGAUCGUGACAGGAGGAAACACACUUCUGCAGGGCUUCACAGAAAGACUCAACAGAGAACUGUCUCAAAAAGCACCACCGAGCAUGAGACUGAAGCUCAUCGCCUGUAACAGCUCCAUAGAGAGGAGAUUCAGCUCCUGGAUUGGAGGAUCUAUUCUAGCUUCACUGGGAACCUUCCAGCAGAUGUGGAUCUCGAAGCAGGAGUAUGAUGAGGGCGGAAAACAGAGUGUGGAAAGGAAAUGCCCCUAAAACACACACACACACACACACACACACACACACACAC